GCCGCUCUGGCCGCGUCUCUAUCGCGAAGCGCGCUAAAUAGAAACGCGCCCGCGGCCGACACAUUGCAAACUCACUCAUCAAUAACAACUACAAACAUUAAACGGCUUUCACACAUAAAUAUAUUCCUCGUGUAGUGAACAGGAUAAGUUGCGCUUCAAUAAGAUUGAGUGAAGAAUGGCUACCUUGUGAGAAAAGGCGGAAAAGGUUUGCGGUGCAGACUAAUAUCUACUCUACAAGAUGACGAAGAAAUUUGAAUUCAACUGGCAAAUUCCCGUUCCAGAACCAUUGUUGCAGGGAGCUGUGUUUGACAGAUGGACUGAAGAGAAAGAUAACACCGAAUUGGAGCAGAAUUGUUUGUUCAAAGUAGACGAGUAUGGAUUUUUCAUCUACUGGAAAAGCGAAGGCCGGGACGGCGAUGUGAUAGAACUGUGCCAAGUCAGCGAUGUGAGGUCGGGAGGUGUUCCAUUAAAGGAGUCGAAAUUGAGCUCCAGCCUUCAAAACAAACACGGUGAAAGCUUAGAAGAUAAGUCUCUAACUAUAUGUAGUGGCACAGAUUACAUCAAUAUCAAUUACCAGCACGUUGUUUGUCCUGAUGCUGCCACCGCUAAGGUCUGGUUGGAAGGUCUAAGGAGGAUCACACACAAUGUAAAAGCCAACAACGUUUGCCCCAUGACCUGUUUAAAGAAACAUUGGAUGCGUCUUUGUUUCCUGACUGACCCUCGCGGUAAGGUGCCUGUGAAGGUGGUAGCGAGAACUUUCGCCUCAGGCAAAACUGAGAAAUUAGUUUAUCAAUGCCUAUCUGAACUGGGUCUUCCAUCAGGCAAGAAUGAUGUAAUGGAGAAAGAAGCAUUCACCUUUGACAAGUUUUAUGCUUUAUACCAUAAGAUUUGUCCAAGAAAUGAUAUUGAAGAAUUAUUUAGAUCCAUUACUCAAGGCAAAUCAGAUCAAAUCAACCUGGACCAGUUCGUCUAUUUCCUGAAUGAAAAACAAAGAGACCCUCGACUGAAUGAGAUCCUAUAUCCACUAUACGACGAGAAGAGAGCUGCAGAGAUUAUCAAUACUUACGAACAAAAUGAAGAUGCUAGAAAUGCAAAAUGCCUCACAAAAGAUGGUUUGAUCCGCUACCUCAUGUCUGAUGAAAACGCCCCUGUCUUUCUGGACCGGCUGGAUAACUACAUGGAUAUGGACCAACCUCUAGCUCACUAUUACAUAAAUUCGUCACAUAACACCUAUUUGUCAGGAAGACAAUUCGGCGGAAAGAGUUCAGUUGAAAUGUACCGACAGGUCUUGUUGGCUGGAUGUAGAUGUGUAGAACUGGAUUGCUGGGACGGGAAAGGCGAAGAUGAAGAACCAAUCAUCACCCACGGAAUGGCAAUGUGCACAGAUAUUCUUUUCAAGGAUGUUAUUUACGCUCUACGAGACACGGCAUUUGUAACGUCAGAUUAUCCAGUCAUUUUGUCGUUUGAGAACCAUUGCUGCAAAGCCCAACAGUACAAGCUAGCAAAAUACUGUGAUGAAAUUCUUGGUGAUUUGUUGCUGAAGGAAUCAAUCGCUGAAUAUCCGUUGGAUCCAGGCGUUCCACUACCACCGCCUUCGGCUUUAAAACGAAAGAUCCUAAUCAAGAAUAAGCGACUGAAGCCUGAAGUAGAGAAGCAAGAGUUGGAACUGUUCCGCCAAGGUCAAUUCGUCAUUGAGGAAGAAGAGAAAGAAGAUGCCUCGGCCAUCGCUAUACCAGAUAAAAAGCCGGAAGAGAUAGUGGCAGAAGCGGCUGUAGCGGGUGAUGACGCGCCCCCACCAGUUGCAUAUACCGGAUCCACUACCAAUGUCCAUCCUUGGCUUUCUUCCAUGGUCAACUACGCCCAGCCCAUCAAAUUCCAAGGAUUCGAAGAAGCAGACAAGCGCAACAUUUACCACAACAUGUCUUCCUUCGCGGAGACAACUGGCAUGAACUACCUGAAAACCCAAGCCAUAGAUUUUGUGAACUACAACAAGCGCCAGAUGUCAAGAAUUUAUCCAAAAGGAACACGCGCAGACUCUUCCAACUAUAUGCCACAGGUUUUCUGGAAUGCUGGUUGCCAAAUGGUGUCUCUCAACUUCCAAACAUCAGACCUUCCAAUGCAGCUCAACCAGGGCAAGUUUGAAUAUAACGGCAACUGCGGGUACUUAUUGAAGCCAGAUUUCAUGAGGCGUGCUGACCGGAGCUUCGAUCCCUUCGCAGACGCUCCAGUGGAUGGUGUUAUCGCUGCUCAAUGCUCGGUUCAGGUAAUAGCGGGGCAGUUCUUAUCAGAUAAAAAGAUUGGUACAUACGUGGAAGUGGAUAUGUACGGGCUACCCUCGGACACCAUCCGUAAGGAGUUCAGAACGCGCAUGGUGCCUGCUAAUGGGCUCAACCCAGUGUAUAAUGAGGAGCCGUUUUUGUUCCGAAAGGUUGUAUUACCAGAUCUGGCUGUUCUCCGUUUUGGAGUAUACGAUGAGAACGGAAAACUUUUAGGGCAGCGUAUACUGCCGCUCGAUGGCCUACAGGCUGGUUAUCGGCACAUCUCGCUGCGAACUGAAGCCAACUUCCCAAUGUCACUGCCAAUGUUGUUCUGCAACAUUGAACUCAAAAUCUAUGUACCUGAUGGCUUCGAAGACUUUAUGGCUGCAUUAUCCGACCCUCGUGCUUUCAUGGGCGCGGCGAAGGAACGAACUGACAACAUGAAACAAAUGGGUAUUGAAGAAAGUGGCCCGGAAAAGAAGGUCCAGAUUGAGGAGAAAAAAGAAGAGCCCCCUCUAGUCUUCGAGCCUAUUACAGUAGAAUCGCUCCGACAAGACAAAGGUUUCGUCAAGAUUAGUCGUAAACAGCAGAAAGAACAAGAAGCGAUGAAGAAACGACAAGCCAAAGAGAAAGUAGCCCUUCAGAAACAACAAUGCACUGCACUUGAGAAAGUCAUCAAAGGCAAAAGCAAAGAUCAGCUCAGCAACGAUGAAAAUCUCCGAAAGCUUGUCAACGAGCAAUCAGUCGCUUGGAAAGAGCUCAUCACUAAACACCGCUUCGAAGAGUGGAGCAACGCCAGAAGCCGUUUGAACGAACAAAGAGAACUUCUAAAGAAGAUGAUGGAACAAACUCAGCAAGCUCAAUUGAAGCAGUUGGAGGGGAAGCAUGAGAGAGAAUUGAAAGAGAUGACAGCACGUCAAACCAAGAUCAGCAUAGAAACCAGUAAGGAAGUUGCCAGCGAUAAAACCUUGAAAACCAAACAAGAAAAAGACAGGCGUUUAAGGGAGAAGAAACAAAACAAUACUAAGAAAUUUAUGGACGAGCGCAAGACGCAAACCAUCAAACAGAAUCGCGAGAAGGAAAAGCUAAAGGCCACUCACGAUAAGCAAAUGGAUGAUUUAUCAAAGGACAUAGACACUCUCAUCCAGAUGUACAAGAUGGAGGAAUCCGACUACGAUUCGAAUCAUAAACCAGAAUAUUUUGCAUGAAAGUACCCUCAUAUAGCUCCCCUGUUGGAGCAAAUGACUUGAAAAGUGAAUGAUUAAGUGAUCUCUUCAAUAUUAAAGUUACCUAAAUUAUAAGUCACCAAAAUACCUACCUACCUAAAUUGCAUACCAAAGUAUGUUAAAUUAAUGGUAAUUAAUUAUAUUUUAUUUAUACUAAUUAUAGAGAUUGUCAAGUUUGUCGCUACCUCUAGACUUAUAUAAACUUAGUAAUAAUAUAUACGUGUAGGUAAUAUUAUUAACUGAACCUAUAGAGUAGGGAGAAUUUUAGUGUCUUACAUUUUCUUCAACGCCUAUAAUUUUUACUGAUUUAGAUAUUGUAGAAAGUCGUCUAUCUCACCUAUUUCGACCAAGCACCAUGAUUUGUAGCUGUAUUUUAGUUGAACGGUGAGAUAUGACAGUACAAUUACAGUGUACGGUAUAGUAAGCAUGAAACUCGCAUCUUGUAUUGUAUCUUGUAGUAUGGCAACGUUUGACGAGUACCGAGGUCGUUACAUAAUAAUGUCUGCGGUACUGUUUUAUAGAAGAAGGUUACCACUUACCAUCAGUUGGUUGUCACUUAGUUUACCAUUCUAAUUAGAUGCAUAAAAACCGAUUUAAACAAAUACAUACAUCUAAGAUGGAGUAUACCUAUAGAAUUAGUCAAGUAGACUGCGACAAAUUUGUAGCACGCUAAUAAUCGUGACAUGUUAGAAUACGUUAGACUAAGCAUUAUAUUAAUAAAGUAUAGAUACAUUUUGAACAAUUUUUACCUUGUGUAAAAAAAUUAUAUUUCAACUAAAUCAAUGGAUGAUGGGAGAAUGUAUAAUGGAAUUGUAAUUGAUCAGAUUUAUAGCAGAUUCAUUAGAUCAAACAUACAUAUAUAUACUUAAGUAUUAUUUAACAGAUGUUUCUUAGUAUAGGUACAUAAAUAUAGGUGCGUACCACUAUAUCAGUAUCUACAUUAAGUUAAGCACUUCAAGUAAUUCAGUUUUUUCUUGUAACUUUAAUUCCUUUAGACGCCUGGAUAGAUCUUCCAAAAAUUCCAUAUUACUUUAUAUUGUUAGUAUUCAUAAAACGUUAUAAUUAUUUAUAUUAUGUGUUCAAACUAAGAUAAAACAAAUUGUUCACAUACGCAGUUGAUUAACUUUCAAUACUUCUUGAUAUCUUUUAAAACUUUCUUCUACUUAGUUCAUUUACUUGGGAGCAGAAGUUAAUUCGCUACUUUAUCUAAAUAUGCUACUAUAACUAUAAUAGACCUACUAAUUUAAGAAUUAAAAAACUUAUGUCCUAUAGAUAUGAAUGAAUAGAUGUCGGUAAUAAUAUCGAAGUAUAGUAUAAUGGUAUAUAUUAAUAUAGUGUAUAAUGGUUAGUAACUUCCCCCAUAAAAGCACAUGCUGGAAAUGAGUGGGACCUGGAGGGUAUACCUAAAUGAAAUGUUGAAAAUAUCAAUACGGACAUUUAGAAAAAGUACCGUAAAAAUAUCUAAAUAUAUAUAUGCCCCUCUAGCGCUCACUCUAUUUUUGACCCUGUAAUAGUUCGAAUAAAGUUCCAAAUUAUAUAAGGAAUCUCUUAUAUAUGUAUAUGUAUAACUAUUUAUACGUAAGCAUUAAGUGUAUCAUCUCUACAAUUUGUAGUGUAUGUACUUACUUAAUAUACUAUUAUUAUUAUUAUAUAGACACAUUUAAUUGAAUUUAAUCGAAAAAUUGGAACGAGCAAAUUAACGAGUAAAAAAUUCGUACUGAAAAGAAGUGAUUUUUCGGCCUUUUGGAAUUAAAAUUAAUAUUUAGCCAAGUAUUUAUCGUAAUAUAGGUAGCGAAGUU